AAAGCCAAAGCUGUGCAUGAGUGGAGAGAGAGCCAAGAACAAUCUCUCUCACACCGACACUCUCAGAUCUCUCCUCUUCUCUCUUCUCCGAUAUUCAGAAUCAUAGACAACUGAGCCACCACUCAUGGAGGCCAAUGCCGGAAUGGUCGCCGGCUCGUACAAGCGCAACGAGCUCGUUCGGAUUCGUCACGAUUCCGAUAGCUCUUCAAAGCCCUUGAAGAAUCUGAAUGGCCAGAUAUGUCAGAUUUGCGGUGACACUGUUGGACUUACAGCUACUGGUGAUGUCUUUGUUGCCUGUAAUGAGUGUGCCUUCCCUGUGUGUCGGCCUUGUUAUGAGUAUGAGCGGAAAGAUGGGAACCAGGCUUGUCCACAAUGCAAGACUAGAUAUAAGAGGCACAAAGGGAGUCCUCGUGUGGACGGAGAUGAGGAUGAGGACGACAUUGAUGAUCUUGAGAAUGAGUUCAAUUACGCACAAGGAACUAGACGCCAGUGGCAGGGAGAUGAUCCUGACCUCUCAUCUUCCUCUAGACAUGAAUCUGGACAACCAAUCCCCCUUCUCACAAAUGGACAGUCGGUUUCUGGUGAGAUUCCCUGUGCUACUCCUGACAACCAGUCUGUGCGAACAACAUCAGGGCCUUUGGAUCCACGGCAGCCAGUUCCCGUGAGAAUAGUGGAUCCUUCGAAGGACUUAAAUUCUUAUGGGCUAGGAAAUGUUGACUGGAAAGAAAGGGUUGAAGGGUGGAAACUCAAACAGGACAAAAAUAUAAUGCAGAUUACCAGUAGAUAUACUGAAGGAAAGGGGGAUACGGAAGGCACUGGUUCAAACGGAGAAGAACUCCAAAUGGCUGAUGAUGCUCGACAACCUCUGAGUCGUAUUGUUCCCAUCUCUUCCUCUCAUCUGACACCGUAUCGUGUUGUGAUCAUACUUCGGCUUAUCAUUUUGUGCUUCUUUUUGCAAUACCGUGCAACUCACCCAGUGAAAGAUGCAUAUCCAUUAUGGCUAAUAUCAGUCAUCUGUGAGAUUUGGUUUGCUUUUUCAUGGCUUCUGGAUCAGUUUCCAAAAUGGUUUCCCAUAAAUCGUGAGACCUAUCUAGACAGGCUCGCACUGAGGUAUGACCGUGAUGGGGAACCAUCUCAGUUAGCUCCAGUAGAUGUGUUCGUGAGUACAGUGGAUCCCAUGAAAGAACCUCCUCUGGUUACAGCCAACACAGUUUUGUCCAUACUUUCUGUGGAUUACCCUGUGGACAAAAUCUCUUGCUAUGUAUCAGAUGAUGGAUCUGCAAUGCUGACAUUUGAAUCCCUUUCUGAAACUGCGGAGUUUGCAAGAAAGUGGGUGCCGUUCUGCAAGAAACACAACAUUGAGCCUAGAGCUCCUGAGUUUUAUUUUGCUCAAAAGAUUGAUUACUUAAAAGACAAGAUACAACCUUCUUUUGUUAAAGAGCGCAGAGCAAUGAAGAGAGAGUAUGAAGAAUUCAAGGUAAGGAUCAAUGCCUUGGUUGCGAAGGCACAGAAGAUGCCUGAAGAAGGUUGGACAAUGCAGGAUGGGACUCCAUGGCCUGGGAACAAUUCUAGGGAUCAUCCUGGAAUGAUCCAGGUCUUCUUAGGCCACAGUGGGGGCCUUGAUACAGAUGGCAACGAGCUGCCUCGACUUGUGUAUGUUUCUCGUGAGAAGAGACCUGGCUUCCAGCAUCACAAAAAAGCUGGAGCAAUGAAUGCAUUGAUUCGGGUUUCAGCUGUCUUGACAAAUGGUGCAUAUCUUUUGAAUGUCGAUUGUGAUCACUACUUCAAUAACAGUAAAGCCGUCAAGGAAGCCAUGUGUUUCAUGAUGGACCCAGCUUAUGGGAAGAAGACCUGCUAUGUACAGUUCCCACAACGUUUUGAUGGGAUUGAUAUGCACGAUCGAUAUGCCAAUCGUAACAUUGUCUUCUUCGAUAUCAACUUGAAAGGGUUGGAUGGCAUCCAGGGUCCAGUCUAUGUGGGAACUGGUUGUUGUUUCAACAGGCAAGCUCUAUAUGGGUACGAUCCCGUUUUGACUGAGGAAGAUUUGGAACCAAACAUCAUCAUCAAGAGUUGCUGUGGUUCAAGAAAGAAGGGAAAGACCAGCAAUAAGAAGUAUAUUGACAAGAAGAGGGCUGUAAAAAGAACUGAAUCUACCAUUCCCAUUUUCAAUAUGGAAGACAUUGAGGAGGGUGUUGAAGGUUAUGAUGAUGAGAGGUCCCUUCUUAUGUCUCAAAAGAGCUUAGAGAAGCGUUUUGGUCAAUCUCCAGUUUUUAUUGCAGCCACCUUCAUGGAACAAGGGGGCAUUCCACCUACGACAAACCCUGCAACUCUUUUGAAGGAAGCCAUACAUGUUAUAAGCUGUGGAUAUGAAGACAAGACCGAAUGGGGAAAAGAGAUCGGAUGGAUCUAUGGUUCUGUGACUGAAGAUAUUUUAACCGGGUUUAAGAUGCAUGCUCGUGGUUGGAUAUCAGUCUAUUGCAUGCCUCCCCGCCCAGCAUUCAAGGGGUCUGCUCCCAUCAAUCUUUCUGAUCGUUUGAACCAGGUGCUUCGGUGGGCAUUGGGAUCUAUUGAAAUUUUGCUCAGCAGACAUUGUCCCAUAUGGUAUGGCUACAAUGGAAGAAUGAAGCUUUUGGAGAGAAUUGCAUACAUCAAUACCAUUGUUUAUCCCCUUACCUCCAUACCACUGAUUGCAUACUGUAUGCUUCCUGCGUUUUGCCUUCUCACAAAUAAAUUCAUCAUUCCUGAGAUAAGCAACUUCGCUAGUAUGUGGUUUAUUCUUCUCUUCGUUUCGAUUGCUGCAACUGGUAUUCUUGAGCUCAGGUGGAGUGGAGUUGGUAUUGAUGACUGGUGGAGAAAUGAACAGUUCUGGGUCAUUGGUGGAACAUCUGCUCAUCUUUUCGCUGUCUUCCAAGGUCUCCUAAAAGUUCUUGCCGGGAUUGAUACCAACUUCACUGUCACGUCAAAGGCCUCUGAUGAGGAUGGGGAUUUUGCAGAGCUUUAUGUGUUUAAAUGGACAUCACUUCUCAUCCCUCCCACCACGGUUCUCAUCGUGAACUUGGUAGGUAUUGUGGCCGGUGUUUCAUAUGCCAUAAACAGUGGGUACCAAUCUUGGGGGCCACUUUUUGGCAAACUGUUUUUCGCCAUGUGGGUCGUUGCCCAUCUUUACCCAUUCUUGAAGGGUCUGUUGGGUCGCCAAAAUCGUACCCCUACAAUCGUCAUUGUGUGGUCUAUCCUCCUUGCUUCUAUAUUUUCCUUGCUAUGGGUGCGCAUCGAUCCAUUCACAUCCGACGCCACAAAAGCUGCUGCAAAAGGUCAAUGUGGCGUCAACUGUUAGUUCACUUCACAGGCAUACUUGCUGUGGAAACGCCAUUUCUCUCCACUUUUGUGUGUAUAUAACAAGAUGUGAAGUAAAGUCAUCUACAGAACUUUUUCUGUUCAGUCUCUGCAGUUGAAGUCCCAAAAGGGAGUCUGGUGGAUACGAAAAAUGAGAGGAAACACCUCCGAUACCUUUUUGUUGCUCCUUUCACAAGUAUUUAUGUUUAUUGAACUUUGAUGUUAGUGAUUGUUGUGCAGUAUUUGUUAUGAAGAGGAUGUAGAAGCCAAUUAUUGCAGCUGUUGGUCUGAAUUGGACACUAUUUUGUGCCAAUGCUAAAUUUAUUUAUGGGGUAAACUUAUUCAUGUUGGAAACUACAAUUCAAUACAGAUUCUUUGUUUCUUUGUGUGUG